CUCCAUAAGGGAAGUGGAGCAGCAGCAGCGGGCUGGCCUAGCAGCACUCGAUCGAGUGGCGCUGUGUCACAAUCACCGGGGGAUUUUAACGGAUUCUCAGGAGAAGCACGCAAUCUAAUUUUAAGAUAGCACAAUGGCCACCGAUUCGGGAUAUGGACAGCAUGGUGGCUCGCAGAGUUACGGUUCUUUUGGUGGUCAGCAGGGUAGUCAGACUUAUGGUCAAGGCCAAGGAAAUGGUGGCAGUGCUUACGGGGGACAAAGUUAUGGUGGUUAUGGUAGUCAACAAGCUGGAGCAACACAGGAGGGAUACAGUCAGUCUCAGGCAAGCUAUGGGCAGCAACAGGCCUAUGAUAAUUACGGACAGGAGUCAUCUGGUGAAAAGUCAUUCGGACAGCAGGCAUCAUAUGGUGGUCAGGGGCAAAGUGGAGAUGGCUUUGGUCAACAAGGGUCAUACAGUGGCCAGGGACAAGGUGGUGGAGGCGGUAGCGGUUAUGGAAGAUGGAGUGAAGGUGAAAGUGGUGGACAGGGUGGCAGGUAUGGCCGUGACCAAGGAGACCGGCCGGAGGGAGGCAGCGGCUACAGAGGCCGAGGUCGUGGCGGCUACGAACGUGGCGGCUACGACCGAGGCGGCUACGAACGUGGUGGCUACGACCGAGGCGGCUUCGAGCGUGGCGGUGGAUUUGACCGUGGUGGACGAGGCGGACAUCCUGGUAUGGGAGGUGGUGACCGUGGUGGCUUCAAAAAUUUCGGUGGCUCUCGAGACUAUGGCUCAAGGGAUGAAUCGGGUGGAGAUCAGGACAACUCUGACAACAACACCAUUUUUGUCCAAGGCCUGGGAGAAGAAGCCACGGUUCAGGAAGUGGGUGACUACUUCAAGCAAAUUGGCAUUAUUAAGGUGAACAAGAAGACUGGUCAGCCAAUGAUCAACCUCUACUCUGACAAGGCCACCGGUCAGCCAAAGGGCGAAGCUACAGUCUCCUUUGAUGACCCGCCUUCUGCCAAAGCUGCUAUUGACUGGUUUGAUGGCAAAGAGUUCAAUGGCAAACCCAUCAAAGUGUCAUUUGCCACCCGCAGAGCUGAGUUUACACAGCGAGGCGGAGGACGAGGGAGUGGAAGAGGAGGUUAUAGAGGUCGCGGCGGUGGAGGUCCUAACUUUGACAUGAAGGGAGGAGACUGGCCUUGCCCCAACAGCUCCUGCGGCAACAUGAAUUUUGCACGGCGACAAGAGUGCAAUAAGUGUGGUGCCCCCAAACCUGGAGAUGCAGGAGGAUUUGGAGACCGUGGCGGCAGAGGUGGUUAUGGUGGCGACAGAGGGGGUGGAUUCCGUGGUCGUGGAGGAUUCCGUGGUGGAGACCGGGGCGGCUUUGGUGGUGACCGUGGUGGUGGAGGAUAUGGAGGGGGAUACAAAAUGGGAGGAAGCGGCCCCCGUCCAAGCAAACGCUGACCCGCGGCCGGGCAUCAGCUGCUAGUGGACCUCCACUUCGCGAAGCCGCAACCCGGUCGGUGGCGACCGCCACCGGGAAGCCCCGCUAGCCCGACCCGCCGUGGGCCGCCACCAACAGCUCCUCUUCGAAGAGAUGAUCCGCCGAAUUAUUUAAUCAUAUUGUCACAGGAGCACUCUUUAGUAGUAUACUAGUGAAUAAACACUCAAGUCGAAAGUCGGUGAAAGAAUAUCACACUAAGAGAGAAUAACGAUUUCGACUCCCCAUUACAUUAUCCCACUGCAGUACAUUACCGGAAUCCAAAAAUGAAAUAUUGAAAAGGGUCCACUCCAUACAAAUACAUAUAUCAAUACAAAAAUAAAUCUGACAUAGCUCUCUCCAAAUGAAAUAUCCACAUUUCAAAUGAAAGCGUAUUACAGAGGCUGCUCAGCUUAAUAAAUAAUUUUACAUUAUCACUCAGUGGAGGAAAAGAAACUUAAGGAUACUCAUUCCCUUAACAGUGCGCCUGCGUUUAUGACUUCAUUUGAAUUUCUGGACUCAAAAGACAUCACUGUUAGUCGGCAGUAUCCAAUUUCAAAUGUUAUUUAAAAAAAAUAGGACAAUAGAAGAAUUUUUUUUAAAUUAUUGAACAGACAAUUUCUCAAUGGACAGUUUUGUUAUUGUGAGCUCAUUAUUUCUGCAGCAAUAAUACUGUUUUGGAGGUAGAGUAUAUGAAUGUAAAUAUUGGAUGGACAGGGAUAGAAGUGCACGGUAAUAUGAUUUGAAGUUCUUUUUCACAAAAACUUGUGGGAAAACGGACAAACGACUAAAACCUAUUGAGUAAGACUUGGCAAGAGCAAGGGAAAAACAGAUUUUUCGGUUCUCUUGCUUUCGCCUCUUUGCUCCACCCGGCCGUGAACCUUCCUGCAAUGCCAUGAGUCGUCUUGCAAUACCGUGCGCUUUCCCCCGAUAUUGCACUAAUUAUCGUACUGUGAUAAAACCGAACCGUGAGAUGUAGAUAUUGUUACAGCCCUAGUAAUAACCGAUGUGUAGAUUCAGCUUCCCGUGCCAGCAGAGGGCAUCCCCCACUUAAGCUUUGUGAAAGACUGAACGGUGUUUUUAAAGUUGGAGUUUGGUAUAAAAAGCAACAGUUUUACUGUGUGUUGUGUAAAAUGUGAAAUGACAGGGAUAGUAAUUUUAUAAGAAUUUUUUUUUUUU